AUGGCAGAUGAUUCGCGAGGCACGACUGCCUCCACAACUGAGACGAGAGAUAACGCCCAAGAUCCUUCGAAACCAACGCCGAAACAUGACUUCGGCAAAACGCAAGUCGGCAAGCUCUGGGAUGCGUUCGGGAAUCCUGAGGAGCCGGUAAACAUACUAUCACCAGCGGGAGCAUCUGGAAAGGGAUCGAAGGAUGUGACGGUCACGGAGGCCAUGAAGUCAAUGUCCCUCAAGGAUGUCACUUCGUUCUACAAAGCACCUUGCGCGCGGGACUCUCUACUACUCGGAAUUGGAGCUGGUUUCGGUAUCGGUGGAGUGAGAGGGGUCCUAGGAGGACUACGUUCGAUGUGGACAGCCUGCAAUUGGGCCGUCGGCGCAUUCGCCCUCACCUCCUUGGCAGCACAUGAAUUCUGCCAACGACGUCGGGUACAAGAACUGGAUGGCAUGAAGCAGGCGGUGGAAAUGAUGAAAGAGUUGAAAGUGAAGAAGCAACGUGAGAAGGAACAAAAGGCUGAGGAGGCUGCUCGUCUGGCCGAGGAGGAAAAGAAACGGAAGAGUUGGACGAACUUGGCGAACUAUAAGUUCUGGUAA